UAUUUACUUUUAAAAGGCCUAAUUUUAUAAUGCUUUGUGAUACAGUUAACGAAACAUAUGUUUUGUGUUUAAGCCGCUUAGGCUGCAGGUCCGGCUUUUUCACCUGUCAUUUGUAACCCAGGGAAAGUCUAUGCAAACUCUCUUUAGAUUUGCUCAGUGUAAUCAAAUUACAGACGUGCAAAGUAAGAGGUUACGUUAUCAUAUAAUCUAGCGCGGAUUCUUGAAAAAGGAGGACUAACGGUUGAUUACUGUCAAAUGCAAUUUCAUUUAACAUAUCAUCAACAUAGAGUGGUGGUGUAGAAGAAAAUGGACACGCCCAGGCUGAGAGGACGGUUUGUUAAAGAUGAAACACAAUCCAUGAGGAGCCCUAGGCUGUCACGCACGAGUAAUAUAACUGUAAGUCAACAAAAUGGGCCUAGCAUGCGAUAUUCAAAGAUUGCGAAACCAAUGACUGUUGUCGACAGGAAUCUUGUUAAUUUGAAACAGCGGACGGAGAGUGAACACGUGAAUGCAGAGAGUACGACAGUCGAAGCUGAGCAGAAAUCAAGCUUAGGUAACGUCUGUUUGGAAUAUGUUGAUGGUGAUGUUCCCCAAUCCAAGAUUGAGAAACCAAAGCUGAAAACAUUUGCACAGCAAAAUACACCAAGUGCGAACAGAAAAAGUGGACGAAAUGCUACGGGCGUCAAGGCAGCAAAUCUGGAAGAAACUCAUGACAAAAUGUCAAUCGAAUCGAGUAAAAUUGUUUCAGAAUGUAAAUUUUCAAGGGAAGACCCUAAUUUGAGACAAGGAGAGUCAAAAACAAAGGAAAUUCCAGAGCCUGUAACUUCCAGAAUGAAAUGCAACCAAUUUGGCUUUCAAAAGGAAAGAGUAGCGAAGACGUUUCUAGAGAAGAAAGCAACACAAAAACAAGCCAAAGGUUGUGAGGAUGAAUUAAGAAUGAACGAAUGUUUUGAAGCAGAAGAUGUAAACAGAUCAAAGAAGCCAUUACAAAGUGAUCCGCCCAGCGGUUUCUUACCAGUGAAGCCAAUACAAAGCAGUUUAACUAACAGCAGCUUGUCCGUUUCUAAGACGAUGAAACCUGCUGAAAUGUCACGGGAAUUAAAGAAACCAUUGCAAUUUGAUUUAAAGAAACCAGUGCAAUGUGAAUUUGAGAAACCAAAGCAAUGCGAAGUCGUGGGAUAUAAGCAAAAGGAUGAAGACAUUUUUGAAACGAAAACAAUGUCUUUAACUAGAAAGCGCGAAAGUCCAAAGAUUAUUGCGAAUGUCAAAGAAUUGAAGGAUAACAGUGAAAAAGCAGAUAUUACUAAAAGCGAUGAAUCGGUUAAAAGGUCGUUGAGUUUUGGUUCCCCUUUCAAUCUUGUUAAUCAAAAAGGGAGAGUCGAACAGCACAGGAAGAGCGAAACAGAGAGAAAUGAUGCUUUUUGUGAAAAGGAAAAAGUGUUUUCUUUGGGAUAUGUUGGACAGAAAAAACCUGUAAAGCAAGGAGAGACUGAGGAUAGUUUGGAAAAUGUGAAAUCUACGAAAGCAAAAAGAUACGAAGCUUUUAAGUACGAUGAGCGACAGGAAAUCAAGCCUAGAGGGAAUGCUACUGUAAACAAGGGACAUGUUAGUAAAUCUUUAGACGGGGGACAGCAAAGGGCGAAUCAUAAGAUUAUUGGUUCAAAAGAGCCUGUAAUUACCAAGAGGGUUGCAAUCGGGGGAGAUUCAGUUGACUGUAAUGUACAGAAGAAACAAUCGAGAGAAAGAAAACAACAAGAACAUAAAUACCAAGAAAACAAACCGGAAGACGGCAGUUGCGAAUUCUUCGAACAGACUGAUCAAACAGGAAGUAAGGGAAACCAGGGAAAUGGAUCGAUUAAUGUACUAAAAGAAACUUUCCAGUCAAAAGACCCGGAUAUGGGGAAAAUAUCUGGAGUUGGUAGAAAAGAUUUUGAAAAAAAAGAGGGAAAUGAUGUGAAUAUGCCGAAACCGAUUUCCUCCAAUAUCGCGCGGAAACAGAUCGCAACCGGGAAAUACGAAGGUCCUAUUGUUCCUAGAAGUAAGUCACAGCUUUACGGAAGUGAAAAGAAACAGAACUUGGUAAAUGAUGAAGUUGAAAUUAAAAGUAAAUUGAAAUUGAUAUCAAGUGACGUAAAUAGUAGUGCAUCCGCAGUGCUGCAAACAUUUACUGAAAACAGUGUAUCCGUGGCUGACUCUUGCGCUAAGGGAAUAAACAGCAAGUUUGCUGAAGGCGGAGAAGACCGCGCGGUAAUAAGAAACAUAUCUUCUUAUAACGAAAUCAAGUUGUUUGAAGGCAAAAAAGAUCGCGCGGUAAAACUCCCAUGUAAUGAGAAUAAGUCUUUUACCCAAACUUUCAAAGCUUCGUCUGUUGAUAAAGAAUUCAUAGUCAAGGUUAACACUGCUUCAAAGGAGAUUCGCGCGAGUAAUUCUUCUCUUCUGACCUUUUCCAACAACGAUCAUGGAAUGUCAUAUAGGUCAGGGAGCCUUGAUCGAUUGAAGCUCAAAGACAGAAAGAGAUCGAGGGAUGAAAACCUGGAUAAUCAGCUGCUCCACAAAAAUGGCAUCCGGCUUUCUAAAAGUUUCAGUGAUCCCAAAAUAUCGAAUGAAAAUACCGAAAAUACUUCAUUGUCAAAAACACAGUCUGACAUUACUGUCGAGAAUACAAAUGAGGCUGGCGACACGAGGCUGAGACAAAAUGGUUUAAGAGAUUUCUCUCAUCAAUUCCAAAGGAAAAGAAAAGAUUCGUCUCUAUUAAAUCAAGCAACAAGCUACUCUAAGUUACCAGCUUUUUGCAAGGACCCUCCUGUAGGAAAAAACGGUCUGCCAAAACAAGGAAAAAUUGUAGAGAAUGCGACAGAAGCUAGUUGGGAGAUAAGUUUGCGAAAAAAUCAAAAUAAAAAGCCGGUGGCCAACAAAGAAAGUUCACCAGAUUGUGGCCUAUUGAAACAAAAAAUCGCUAUAUCUGGUGUUACAAGCCAGCUUGAAGAUAUGAAUAACAGUGAACUCAAGCAAACCUCAGUUAUUUUUGACAGUAAGCCUAACCCGUGGAGCGACCCAGUUCCACAGCGAAAUCCGUUUUUCUCACCAAUCGAGCCAAGUUAUGCUUCAGCUUCACAUUCCAAUGACGUCACAUGCAAUACAUCUACAAGUACUGGAGGUAUAACAGUCGAAAAUAGCCUUGCAUUCUCUCUUGGCAGUGAAGUUACAGUUGAUAUGGGGAACAAACUAGGAACGCGUUCGCGACCCGCAGUGCCCCCCAGGACUGCUAGUAUACAGAACAGUUAUUAUCAAUCGGGAGGACAAAUUCUGUCCCCUAUCAUCGAAGAUUUUGGACCUGAGAAAUCAUUGCUUAAUAGGCAAGGUGCUUCGCAAGAUAAGGCUAAAUAUACUAACGGUGGUUGCAAUAUGGCAGAUGCUAACGAGAAUGUAGAAGAAAAAGAAUCAGGCAGUGGGGGCAAGAAGUCAAAAAAAAGCAAACGAGGGAAUUUCAUUGCUUCUUUGGUGAAGUUACUUCAAGAAGGGCGAGAUAGCGCGGAUGACAAGGAUGUGCAAAAUGGGCCUAAGCAUAGCGCAGAUAUGACGUAUCUCGAUAACCUGGAUGAGAGAAGGGAGUUGCAAAUCACAGGUCCAUUAAUCAAUGAAGGGUACCUCCCGGAGGGAUAUGGCAAUUUGAGUGUCGGUCAGAAGUGUUGUGGAGAUAAGGACGGCACUACUAUUGUAGGUUCUAGUUUAUUAGGGAUGCAGGGAGCUUGUGUCGAUAAGGUUCAGAAAGCGAGCCACAAUCAUGGGCAAACAGAAGAUUUUAUUAUGAUACCAGGUCAGAAAGAAAAGCAUGAAAACAACGAUAGAACGCGACUUAGCAGCUUUUCAACUGGCAACAAGCAGAAGAAAAUUAAAUCUGAAAAUGAUGCGCAGGAGCAAUCUAUGAGCUUGGGAGGAGCAGCUGUUUCCAAGGAAACGGAACAAAGCCAAGCAAUGAUAUUAAACCGAAGCGUCUCAGAUGAAAGAGCGGCGGAAGUUGAAGAAAACCUAAAAAAACUUUACGAAUUAAAUGCACUGAAAGACUCAAUUCAACUUUCCCAACGUGUUUCUGCUAAAUCGAAACGUAAAUUGGCAAAGCGAAAAUCAAAGAAAAGUGGGAUAAGUUGGUGGGAAAACGGCCUGAGUGAAGUUUUUUACUCUGCUAAUGAAGACCCAAGUUCUGACAAGGUUUUCGAAAAAGAAACAGAAACCCAUUCUGAGAAGCCAAGCCGACCUGAGACCACAUGUAAACAAAAGUACAACCAUGGCUUUGAUUUACCGGAAGUCGAUUUGAUAAAUGGAAACCAUUGCAAUGCUUUGACAUUACAAGGGCCUCGUUCCGGUUCAAUUGCAGACGAUAACAUUAGCGAACGGUCGAGCUUUGGCGAAAUGAGCAGCCAAAUUGAAAGCUCGAGUUUAGCUUAUUAUAAAUCAGUUGUUAAGCAAAAGAAAUCUGAAAAUCCAGGAGAUGAGGCACAGGUUUUGAACCAAUCGCUGAGUGAAACAAAUGGUUUAUUGACUUCUUCAGAAAGCUGCGAUAUUCGUGUGAUGGAAUUCGAUGUUAAACAAAGCGGGGCUACAAACCCGGUUAAAAUUAAACCUUCAGCCAAAAUUAAGCCUUAUACAGUUGUAGAUUUGUCAACCAUGUCUGCGUUAACACCUGAAGAAGUCGACGACUGCCUCAAAGAGGUCAGCACAGCUGAGAAGAUUGAGUGGGAAAAGCAAGAAUUAGCCGGACAGGAUGAUAGAGCAGAGGCACCGGAGAGUCUUGAACUGCCGCCAAAAUCGAAUAGAAAUCGUUGUAACACGAUGGCUGCGGUAACGAGGGCUGUACAAGAGGAUCUGGAAGAUAAGCCUUAUAAAACCGAAACUCUGCCGCUUCUUCCAACAUUGAAAAUAGUCGGUAUGGACUUUCCAUGCCUCGGUCAAUCCUCAAAGAAACAGGAGUUGAGUAGUUUUCGUGGACGAUCAAAAACUGCCCCGACUGGGAAGAUAGAUACUCAACAAGCUGCAGAAGAAGCGAGAGCAGCCGUGCACAGCAAAGAAAUAUUGACAAGCCAAUCUACAGACAACAAUACAUCUUCACAAUCGCUUUUAAACAGCAAAGGAACCGGUAGCGAUCAUUGUGAAACAGCAUUGUUGAAUGGUGAUUCACAUCAAAGGGAUAUGCAUGUUUCACAAGACUUCCCACCCCCUCCUUCCCAAGAAGAUUUAGCCAUUGCCAACAACGAGAUCGAUAGAAGCAAAACUCCUGAGUGGCCCCCCGUUCCUGAUUCAGCUGUUUCGCCUGAACCGCCUUCAAUGGAUGAUGUUGAAAGCAAAGACCAGAGCAGUCUUCAAAAUAAUGCUCAAUUUCUUGGAAAUGAGAAUUCUGGGAAUUCUGUGAGAGAGACAGAAAUCACAGGCACAAACACGGAAAUCAAGUCUCAAUUAACAGUGCAGAUUGGUGCGUAUAAUCCCCAUCGGUCUUUACCUCCAAUUCCAGGGGGUCAUACCCCUGAUGUGUCUUCACUAAAAGAUGGUUGUCCUCUAGCGUGGGUAUCUAGAGCGAUGCAUGUCGGGACUGGGCCUUACAUACCAAUGUGUGACCCUAGCGAGAUAGACGACGAUUUGACAUCGGCCCAUUUUUAUGAUGACAUUGACCAAAUAAGUAAAGUUGCAAAGGAGAGAGCCAUGAUGAUAAAGAGGCUAGAGGAAGAGGAAGCGAGGCAAGUAACUUUGGAAGGGUCUGGGGAUGACAACGUCAGAAGCGGUGGUGGGUACAUGCCGGAUUUAAUACCAAGUGAACAAGAGAGUAAAAGAAUAGCUGAUGCAACUGAAGUUUCUGAACUGGACAGAAAUGAUGUAAAGAUGAGCAGUAAAAGGAUGAAGAAAGCGGCAAAGCAAGACGAUAAAGCUUCCAUCAAAACACAUCCAGACAUAGUAAACGAAAACCACUCCCAAAGCGACGAUAUUUCAACGACUUUCUCCGAGGCUCCCUUGACAGUCAACGAGAAAAAACGAUCGGCUAUCAGAAAACUGCUUCGUAAAUUAUCGGCACCAAUUAAGACGAGUGAUCGUAAAGACCUUGUAUCUUGCAAAGCGACGACGCCUCAGUUGACGAGAAAAGGCAUGGCUGGGUAUACGAAAGAAAAUAACAAGAGUGAUAUUUUCGCCACUCCAUCGACUAGUAGACGACUAUUUUCGCUAUCAUCGCAUCGGAAUCAGCGACAAAGGACGACGUCAGAUAGCGAUGCAAUCAGGCAAAGGGUCGAGGAUGACAUAAAUCCAGACGGUAAAGGAAGCAAGCACCGAACAGGAACGAUAUCUUUCGGAUUCGGCCGAAAAAAGGCGAAGAAAGACGCGCUGAACGGAAUAUUGCCAUCGGACGAUGAACAGAGCGUAAAGUCGUUGGAGUUGCUGAGGAUUAAUGAAGAUUUCAGCAGCGAAAGCAGUGGUUCCGCAAGGAUAACACCCGUUUCCAGUCCUGUUUUGUCCUACAAUGAUAGUGGUAAUACGAAAUAUCGUGCUCCACAGCCUCCAAACGCUCCGGUUGCUUCGAAAACGAUGAACAUUGACGAGAAACUGGCCUUUAACCAACCGACGACAGACGACGAGAAACCUGUACGACAUUAUGAUAAAUUGAAUGACGUUUCAAAUGUAGGCGGUUGUGUAGGGCAAGAUGGAAAGCAGGAUGGAGAAAGUCUGGAUGUAAACGGAGAUGUCUUUAAAACCGAGGGUGCUUAUGAUAACUACCCGCCUUCGAAGUCGAACGUAGCACGACCUUCAAAGCCCCCUCGAAGUGAUAGCGAGGACAAAGAAGCGUCCAAAAAGUCAGUACCCGAGAAGCCACGAAGAAAGACCCGCGGGAAUGAUAACAUGACGAGACCAGAGCCAUACUCUUCACAAAGGGGCCACCGCAAGGUUGUCGUUCAAAAUGAAGGAUUAGGUGCAAGAUUAUCACCGACUCUGUCUAAUAGUGAGGAUGAAUCUAAUGAAUCUAGUUCGAAUCUUAAAGAUUGUAAUGUAAAAACUAUUAAUCCGGAUUCACAAUCCUUGAAAUCAUCGGCUAGUGAUUGCAAUUUAGUCGGGAAGUUUAAUCGUGGAAAGAAGUGUUAUCAAUCUGACAGGACCAUGGAUCGGCCUAGCCAGCUUCGGAGACGGGGAUCUCUGUCAAGCGAUUUUGGCGGAUUUGAAUCCAAGCGAGAAGAUUACCUCGAUGAUUCAUAUUACGAGAAUGUUGACAGAGAUUCGCCAAUCCAAGGAGACAAUCUACUAAGAUAUUCGACCGAAAGUUACGAGAAACUACUUGAGAUACAUCGUGAUACUGUAAAACAGAUCGCAGAUGCGACAUUUUUCAAAUGUGAUUGCGGAGAAUUGAAAAAUACGGACUGGAAUGAUUUCGAGGUGUGUGGAAAGUUGCUAAAUUACGGACUGAGCAGUUACGUCACGGUACCUGUCACCGUUAAGAAACAGGAAAUCAAAGGCGGACAGAAACAUACGGCAUGGCUGCGCCAGUCUCUUGGAUUUUUGCAAGGUCCGGAGCCUGCUGCCUUGGCCAAGUCAGUCCAAGAGCUGACACGUCAUGAGAACCUCCUUCACAUUUGUCAGGACAUAGUGCGAAGCAGAGACGAUGACGAAGGCGCGACGGAUGAAGUACCUCAUGAUAUCCACGUGAAUCGAAUGCUUGUCUCGAAAUGCACGCCACGCAUGGGACUAUCAAAAUACCUCGCUAUGACUAUGGAUAAACAUGCACGUGACCCAGAGAGGUUUGAAAAGGAGGCGUGUUUGAUACUUUUGCAAGUAUUAAAGGGCCUUUGUCAUCUUGGAAGAAGUGGUGUUAUGGUGGACAGUAUAAGUUGUGAGUCGAUUUUAUUGACUGAAGUGAAUAAGGGUGUUUUAUCGCCAAAUUUUGUUAACAAUAACAAUGGAGAAGUAUUGGGUUGUCCCACUGUUAUGUUUGUAGCUUUACCAGGAUUAAUGAAGAACAUUCUAGAUAAUGGUACAAGGGAGAAGGCUUCUAUUGGUGUGCAGUCAAAAGACGAAAGUUGUACUGAUGGGUUAAAGGACAAUUCCGAGGUCAGCAGGUCAAAGGAUAAAAGUGAUAUUCAGAGUUCAAAAGACAAUAUUGGUUCAAAUGAGGCCUGUGAUUCAUGCAAUGAUGGCAAGCAGGUGAAGUUGGAUGCGGUUCUUUGUAGGGAGUUCGUGAACUUAAUUUUUGAGGUUUUCCACGCCUCUCAUCUGCUAAAUGAUGACUUCAGUCUUGAGGAAGAGGAGAAAGACCUGCUUGAAGUUCCAAAAUUGCCGGUAAAAUCGCAAUAUAGCCAACGCCUACAGCCGGUUAUAGAUCGCCUAUCUUCGCCAAAUAGCGAAUUUAUUAGCAUUGAGAGGCUUAUAAAAGAGUUCCAGGUAAUAGCUUUCUGCCCGGUACUAAUGGGACGUGUUGAGCAAGAAGAGCUCAUUUUGCUGCUUGAUAAAUGGCGGAACAGAAGGUGUGUUGAUAUGGUGUCGGAUAUACUAAAGAAACAUUCGCUCAUAUCAUUAGCAAGUGGACUGGCCUCUGGUGGGACAAACUCAAUGGGUUUGGCGCGUAACUGUGUCCUAGAGUGCCAGUUCUUAGGAGAUGCCAUUACGGAGGAGAUCGCUAGUAUUGUCUCUUACAUUGAAGGUUGUUGAAAGGUCUCUGAAAGAAAUUGCCAGAGUCCGCUCAAACUCUGUUUUGUGUGACGUCAUUCUCAUGAAGCAUCCUAAGGACAAAAGUGACGUCAUCCCGGCAUUCACAUCAUUGUGUUGAUGAUGUUUGCGGCAUUCACAACAUCAUCCUUUAGUUGGACUAUAUUUAUUGUUCACAAUAUUCUUUUCUGAGAAAAGAUUUGAAGAUCCGAACCACAGUUACAAAAGGUUAGAUUGGCAGACGAGGCUGUUUGAAAAAUCCGCAAAAAUGCCUCCAUUUUGCAUAGAGACAAAGACCUGAAAGAGAGGCUAAAAGAGAUUUGCAUAGCUGAGACCGAGGCCUUUUAAAAAGAGGUACAAGCAAAAGCUACGUUGAUGAAACCGUUGUGGAUUUUUAAAUACUAAUAUUUGACUAGUUUUAUUCUUUAAAUUGUUAUUUAUUUUGUUUGACGUAGAAAGUGUCAUAUCAGUGACGAAAAAAUAAGUUAAAUAAAUAUUUGAUACAACAAUGCAAUGAUUCGUUAUUUUAGAAUCAGAAAAAGGGAUUAAAUAAAAGGCAGUGCUGACUUGAAUCUGAUAUUACAUUGAAUUUUCAACUAACCUUGAAUUUAAAAAAGCAACGAAUUGUUUAGGAAAAAUACGGAAAUUUUCGAAAAAGAAAUUCGAAGCUUGAGUUUAAGAAAAAUCUGGAAGCAUGAAUUCAGAUUGUUGUAGAAAUUAAAACAUUGGCUUUUUACAUGGAAGGCAAACACCAGAAGAUAGGGAAAAGAAUGUAGGCUCUCGGUUUUGAAUUAGGAAAGUCAUCAGUUUUGAAUAGGGCUAAGGCUAAAGGUCAGUGUUCAAAGGUGCUGUGUCAUAAAUCAGUCGUGUAUCCGAAAAGCAAAUGUGCAAUACUAAGGGCCAUUUUUUGGCAAAGUUGAUUAUAUUUUGUUUUCUACAGCUGAUGUUGCAAUCUCCAGCUGUGAAUUUUAUUGAUAACUUCAAACUUCUUUAUUUCCAUUUGACUUGUCCGCAUAUCAUAGAACAAACCGAAAGUUGUUUGCUCUAGAGACUGUUGCCCUAACGAACCACGUCAGUUUGAUUCGAUUUUAUGUUUGAGUUCAGAACAACUGCAUUCGUUUCUUGUAAAUCUGUACAUUGAAUGUUUUUUGUGUUAACUUUGACUAGAAGUAGCUUACAAACUGCUCUUGGAACCUUUUAAGUGACUAUCUGCUAACACUAAUGCUUUGUGGCCUAUAGGUUUCCCAGAAUGCAUCUGUUCACGUCUGGAUUCAAGGCAACAAAUAAGGAGUUAUUGGCUGUCCAGACCAGCGUCUUGAUAGUGCAUGUUGCUUGAACUUACCUAAAUCACGUGGUAUAUCUUACCUAAAUCACGUGGUUAUGUCCAGACAUCUCCGCUGUUUUAGAAGAUUAUUUAGAUGGCCUAAAAAGUAUAUUCGGUCUCAUCUAUUCCUAUUUAGAAAGGCCUGGUUUAAGAAAGAUUCGUUGAAGUUAAUAGCAUUUUAGCUGGGAAUCAUCUUAGCAUUUCCCAUUUUUAGUGAACUGUAAAAAUAAAAUCGAUGUAUAUGAGAAGCUGUAGUGUGAAAUGACAUAAAUUAUUAUUAUUAUUAUCAUAAUAUUAUUUGUCAAGAAAAA